CUUUAAAAACGCAGCCAUAACUGUGGGGAAACGAUUAUCCGAUUUGAUCGGUGACAACUGAGAGGUCCCGUUAGUUGUAAACGCAGAGUGGAAAGGUUGACGUUUGUUUGCUAUUUACAGUGUUAGAUUGUGCAUUAUUCUACUUUUAUUAUCAGGGUGACAUCUGUGUCGAGGGAUAGGCUACAGUAUGUUUAUUUUAUUUGGAUGAACCGAGCAGACAGCAAGUUCCAAGAAUUGGAUCGCCGAGGAGCUGGACCUGCCGCCUGCGAGCCAAUGAUCCGGCAUAUUUAUCAGUCUAUGAAGCCUACUGUAUGAAAUUCAAGUAUGUCAGGAAAACAUUUUAAAGGCCAUGAAGUCAGUUGCUGCAUCAAAUAUUUUAUUUUUGGAUUUAACAUAAUAUUUUGGUUGCUGGGUGUGGCCUUCCUUGGAAUCGGACUAUGGGCAUGGAAUGAGAAGGGUGUUCUCUCCAACAUCUCGUCCAUCACAGACCUGGGGGGCUUUGACCCUGUCUGGCUCUUCCUGGUGACGGGAGGGGUCAUGUUUAUCCUGGGCUUCGCCGGCUGCAUCGGAGCGCUGAGGGAAAACACCUUACUGCUCAAGUUUUUCUCUGUAUUCCUGGGGAUCAUCUUCUUCCUGGAGCUGACGGCUGGAGUGUUGGCCUUUGUCUUUAAGGACUGGAUCAAGGACCAGCUCAACUUCUUCAUCAACAAUAACAUCCGGGCGUACCGUGACGACAUCGACCUCCAGAACCUCAUAGACUUCACACAGGAAUAUUGGGAGUGUUGCGGCGCGUUCGGAGCAGACGACUGGAACCUCAACAUUUACUUCAACUGCACGGACACCAACCCCAGUCGGGAGAAAUGUGGCGUCCCCUUCUCCUGCUGCACCAAGGAUCCUGCGGAGGAUGUGAUAAACACGCAGUGUGGCUAUGACGUACGAGCCAAAACGGACGCAGAGCAGAAGACUUACAUCCAUGUGAAAGGCUGUGUGCCACAGUUUGAGAAGUGGCUACAGGACAACCUGACAGUGGUGGCUGGGAUCUUCAUAGGAGUUGCACUGUUACAGAUAUUUGGAAUAUGUUUGGCACAAAACUUAGUGAGUGACAUUGAAGCUGUGAGAGCAAGCUGUUUGUUUACCUGAUGUCACGGUUCACCUGUCUUCACCCAGGAAUGCACAGGUCUCUUCAGCAUGGCUACGCCAUUCUCAGCGCAUCAGAAUAUGCUCAAAGCCUGCUGCCACUGGGAAAGAUUCCUGAGAGCACCUGCACCAUGGUGACCUACACAUUCUGAUCCUUUUUAAAGAUGGUUUAGGGUUGCAAAUUUCCAGUAACUUUAUAAAAAGUCCCAGGUUUUCCAGGAAUCCCAGUUGGCAGUUUUCUGGAAAACCUGGGAAUCUUGGGAAAGUGACCCUCUUUUGCAUCUCCAUUGUUCCAUGGGAUUCCAUCCAUGUGACAAACACUUUGUGUAGAAAUGUACAGACAAUAAUGACCAAAAAAAACUUUGGGGCAAGUUGUUUGUAAAUGCACUGCAUGCCUGUCCACAUGGGAUGGCCACAUUUAAAAUACCCAAAUGCGAGACUACAGGAUGAUAUUGCGGGACAGUGUAGCCUACAUGAAUAACAACAUUUGGCAGCCCCCCCCACUCCCAGAAUUUAGACCGAAAGGAUUUUUACAAAUGUGAUUGGUUGAUGAUAUGACAUUGGUCAACGUCUCGUUUGGCGCUGUACAAAAUAUCAGAUUUCAACAACGAUUGGAGAAAUGUUUAACAUCACCAGUAGGCUUAGACUACCACAUCCUAAUAUAUAUUUUUUCACAAGCGCAUAUUAGUGGUGCUUGAAUUUGUUGAUAAAAUGCGGGACAUGAUUGUUUCGUUGCAGGAUGCGGUACAAAGGGGAAAAACGUGGGACUGUCACACAAUCCGGGACAUGUGGUCAACAUACUGUCACAAUAGCAUGGAUUCUGGUUUUGUUUCAUUAGAAUGUGCGAAAGUUUUCUUAUUGACAAGUAUUUUUAACAGUAAAAUAGUAGCUUUAUUUGUGGUGACACUGAGCUUAGGAAAGAGAGUAAUGGUGCUAGAGUGCAAAUGUACAGUAGUAGUCACAGCCUUUUAGUCACAUUUCCUUUGAACUGCUGAAGCGUUGUCGGUUCAAGCGUUUUGUUGCACAAAUGAGCAUUCGUUAUAUUCCAUGCCAUCUCUUCCACCUGGUGAAAUACAUACAGGUAUUUCAGAUACUUUCAAAUACUUGAGGUGUGCUUGAUUUAGCAUGUUUGCACUUUUGGGACUAGCCACUUGGUUCCAUUUUAACAGGCAGACUAAAUCAAGCACACUUAAAGGUCCAAUGCAGCCGUUUUUAUCUCAAUAUCAAAUCAUUUUUGGAUAACAAUUAAGUACUUUACUGUGAUUGUUUUCAAUUAAAAUGGUCGAAAAUAAACAAAAAUAUCUUCUUGGCCUCCCGAGUGGCGCUGUGGUCUAAGGGUCUUCCACGACCAGGAGACCCAUGGGGCAGCGCACAAUUGGUGCACAAUUGGCCCAGCGUCGCGUUAGGGGAGGGUUUGGCCGGCAGGGAUAUCCUUGUCCCAUCGCGCUCUAGUGACUCCUGUGGCGGGCCGGGUACAUGCACGCUGACACGGUCCGCAGGUGUAGUAUGGUGUUUCCUCUGACACAUUGGUGUGGCUGGCUUCCGGGUUAAGUGGGCAUUGUGUCAAGAAGCAGUGAAGCUUCGUUGGGUUGUGUUUCGGGGAUAAAAAAAUAAUUGUUUCAAUCUCUUCUUAACAAAGAGCAAUUUCUCUAGGACUGUGAGUGGUCUGAGUUGGGAGGGGGAAAACUGAAAAUUAGCUGAUAUUUGUAGAGAUGUUUGGAACUCUUUCUCAUUGGGCGGCAGGUAGCCUAGUGGUGAGAGCGUUGGACUUGUAACCGAAAGGUUGCAAGAUUGAAUCCCCGAGCUGACGAGGUAAAAAUCUGUCGUUCUGCAGUUAACCCACUGUUCCUAGGCCGUCAUUGAAAAUAAGAAUUUGUUCUUAACUGACUUGCCUAGUUAAAUAAAGGUAAAAAAAUACAAAUUGGUCUAUUAACUAAUUUACAGCAUGGUGGUGUCAACAUGGAAGGGUAAAACUACAUCCACCAAAACAGGAUGACAUUUUCAAACAGCUCUGACACUAAAAGAACAUUAUCAUCACGUUCCCAGUAUUAUUCCAACCUCAGUGUGGAAAUAUACUUAAAACACAGGAUAAUCACAUUUUUGACUGCACUGGGUGUUUUAAGUAUCAAUGUAUUUUGUCUGAUCUCUGCACACUCUACAUACAGGUUUUUAAUGGUCAAAACAUUCAAUAAAGUUGUAUCCCUGUUUUUCAGUUCAUGUCCAUUCCUUACUAUGGUGGUCUUCUGUUUUCAAUACCUCAAAGUGAAGAGUGUCAAUCUUUAGGAAUCCCUGCUACUCCUUAUUCGAUUUUGUUCUGAGGGCUGAAUGUGAUUGGUUGGAUGAAAGUGAAACUACCAGUGGUGGGACAUUACAAUGGCCAGUGAGAGUGAAAAGAAAACUCACUUGCUGUCAUAUUUGUAGGUGGUUGAUUGUGUAACACUUGGGUUGCCAUGCUGAAGGUCCCUGGUUCAAAUCCCUGUGUGGUUUCAGUUUUCUAGCUCAACUAUCAGUGGGCGGAGCUUUCAAGGACCAGUGAGAGUGAAAUAAACAUAAGGCCAAGUGGGAGGUUUGAUGGUUUUGACAAGAUUGGAUACAGCUUUUGUCAGAUUUGACUUUUCGUAGCAGGUUAGGAGAACUUAUGGCAGCAGGUUAGGAGAAUUUACAUUGCAGGUUAAGAGAAUUAGGAUAAGGGUUAGAUAAAAUGCCCCAAAAAUUAACUGACUUAAUUUAAGAAACGCUUAUAGCCAUGACCGAGGUGGAUGGACUUUUAACCAAGUUAACCAAUCACAGCCAGGGGUGAAAAUUGUGACCAGUGACCAGUGACAGGUCAAAUAAAUGCUGUUAGGGAGGUAGGAGGGCAUUAAACAUGGGUUGUGUGACACAAGGUCCCUGGUUUGAACCUUUCUAAAGUUGACCUUCAACAUUUAUUUUGACUGUUUAGAGUGAAAAGAACAAAAAGUCAGGCUGGUGGGUGGUGUCCUGGUUGGCAGAGGGCAUAACAAGGGUUGCCAUCAGUGGUUUCUUAAUUUCAUUCCCAGUUUGGCCUUUAACACAACUUUUAUGAUCUUAACCAAUCUCACUCCUUUCUGCCCUGAGAACAAGUUACUGUUUUUCUUUCAUUUCCAUGAAAGAAAUAAUUUUCUUUGUUGACCUGCUGACUUUGUUAAUAGUGUUAAUUGUUAAUAAAGAAGGGACAUGACAAAGUGA